AUGGCCAGGCACAAGGCUACGUCUGGCACUCUUGCAAGUAGGGAGUCCUAUGCCUUUUUAUAUAAACAGAUAAAAGCUCGAGAAGAUCUUUCCUCAUGUGGAUUCAAAAAGCAAGGAUCUGUCCAAUGGAUUUGCCUUGAAAACAAAGUCGUAUUUGAGUUGGGAAGUUCUAGGAAAAAGGUUUGCCUACGGAGAAGACUUAAUCAAUUCACUUCGUGGAUAAACUUCAUGGUGUUAUUCUUUUGGAAUUUCCGGUGGGAAAGACCAGGGGAAGCAUUGACACUAUGGAAAGAAUCUAUCUCUGGCAAGGGCAAAAGCGAUAGGCCAGAUUAA